CCAGCUCCAAGUUACGCCGUGCGUGAUCACAUGACCUUUCUGUAGUCACAUGACCCAGCCUCAGGUAUAAAGGAGGCCCCUCACGGCACGCUUCCCUGCUCCUGUUGGCACCUGUCUGCUCCUGCCAUGAGGUCCUUGCUAUUACUUACUGUGUUGGUGUGCGCUGCUCUGGCCAAGGAGACCUUCCAUGGUCACCAGGUCCUGAGGAUCCAGGCCAAAGAUAAGACUCAGUUGGCUUUGAUCAAGGAGCUGGAGCAGGUGUUUGAAAACCAGCUGGACUUCUGGAGAGAUGUGACCGAUGUGUCCUCUCCCGUCGACAUCAGAGUCCCAGCUGAGACCUUGGACCAGGUCAAAGAGUAUCUGGACUCAUGGGAGAUCAGCUUUGAGACCAUGAUCGAGGACCUGCAGGCCAUUUUGGACGAGGAGCAGAAGGAGAUGGAGUCCGCUGCUCGUGCUGGUGCAGCCAAAAACACAGACAGCUUUGACUACGCCAGAUACCACACCCUUGAUGAGCUGUACAGUUUCCAGGACAUGCUGGUCUCUGAGUACCCCAACCUGGUCAGUAAGCUCGUGAUCGGACAGAGCUACGAAGGACGCCCUCUCAGCGUGCUCAAGUUCAGCACCGGAGGAACCAACCGCCCCGCCAUCUGGAUCGACACCGGAAUUCACUCCAGAGAAUGGGUCACUCAGGCCAGCGGAACCUGGUUCGCCAAGAAGAUCGCCCAGGAUUAUGGAAAAGAGACCGUCCUCACCUCCAUCCUGGACAAAAUGGACAUCUUCCUGGAGAUUGUCACCAACCCCGAUGGAUAUCAGUUCACCCACAGUAAUAACCGCAUGUGGCGUAAGACCAGGAAGCCCAACCCCGGAUCCAGCUGUGUGGGAGUCGACCCCAACAGGAACUGGGACGCUGGAUUCGGAGGUCCUGGGUCCAGUUCCAGUCCCUGCACUGAGACUUACCGUGGCCCCAGCCCUCACUCUGAGUCUGAGGUGAAGGCCAUUGUGGACUUUGUUCUGCAACACGGAAACAUCAAAGAGUUUGUCUCCAUCCACGCCUACUCCCAGAUGCUCAUGUACCCCUACGGGUACACCGCUACUCCAGUGAAGGACCAGGCUGAGCUGCACGCUCUGGCUGAGAAGGCCGUCAACGCUCUGACCGCUGUCUAUGGAACCAGGUACAAGUACGGCAGCAUCAUCAACGUCAUCUACCAAGCUAGCGGUGGCACCAUUGACUGGACCUAUAACGUGGGCAUCAAAUACUCUUACACUUUUGAGCUGAGAGACACAGGCAGAUAUGGUUUCCUCCUGCCAGCCACUCAGAUCAUCCCCACAGCUGCGGAGACGUGGGAGGCUAUGCUUGUGCUCAUGAGCCACGCCAAGAACAACUCCUAAGUAAACUGAGGGUUCAAAACUUCAAAUAAAAGAUAUGUGAAGAGAA